CGGCAGCUGCGGUAAGUUGCACCGCAGCUAGAGCUCCGGGUGGUCAGGUGGGGGCGGAGCUUGGCGGCUCCGUAGACUUCAGCCGCAGCGUUUCCCCGGCCGGGUAUCUGGCCGCAGCCUCAGGAGACAAGACGGAUCCCUCAACCGUCACAGAAAUGUCUGCUCCAGCUCAGCCACCCACUGAAGGGGCAGAAGGGACUGCCCCAGGAGGGGGUCCCCCUGGCCCUCCUCCUAAUACGACCAGUAACAGACGACUACAACAAACCCAGGCACAAGUGGAGGAAGUGGUGGACAUCAUGCGUGUGAAUGUGGACAAGGUCCUGAAGAGGGAUGAGAUACUGUCACAGCUGGAUGACCGAGCUGAUGCCUUGCAGGUGGGAGCGUCACAAUUUGAGAGCAGUGCUGCCAAGCUAAAGAGGAAGUAUUGGUGGAAAAACUGCAAGAUGAUGAUCAUGCUGGGAGCUAUCUGUGCCAUCAUCGUGGUAGUUAUUGUAACCCACAAGCAGGAAGAGGCUGAGGCCAGGCCGGGCCGGGUCUGGAUGCUUGCUUUCCAUGCAGCAGCAUUUCAUUGUGCAAAACCAUCCUUCCUCUCCCUUUGCCCUUUUCCCACAUUCCCUUCGUCCUGCCCCAGGGCAGGACUGAAGAGCUGGAAGAAAGCAGUCAGUGUACCCUCCCAACGGCCCCCCUCGAAGGUCUCCACUCUCCUUUGGGCUCCUCCUUGCCUAAUGCAGGGGGUCACCGCUGGAGAAGAACCACCACUGUCCUCGAUGUGUCCCAAGCCUGGAGCAAAUUCGCACUCUUGGCCCACCUAGCCCUGGCACAGGAAUUCUUUCCUGGGUUUCUGUCCCUCUGAGGCUCACCAGAUGUAGUUGGCUUUGUUCUUUUGGGGAUGUUUGGCCUUCUACUUUCUUUCUCACCCCACCCUGUACCCUCUUCUGUGUCUUUGCUGUCCCUCUUCCCUCCCACCACCCAUGUGCAUGAGCAAAUAUGCAACCAGACCCUGGGACUUUGCAGUCAAAUGAAGCCGAGCUUCCCACAUCCCCUCUUCCUUGGUUUGCCAUGAGGCGAUGUGGGGUUUCCACUGUGUGUCUGUCAUCACCUUUGUCUUUUUUCCUACCCCCAACCUCGUACUUGUAUAGAAUAAUAACUGUUGUACUUCCACCAAAGGCAUGUGGCAUAUUUACCAACUUCAUGUAUCCUGAACAAAGGCAAAAAAAUAUAAAUUCCUACCACUAAACUGCCUUGGUUGUUGUCUGGGUUGGAGUAACUGAGGAGGGGCGGGGGAGGGGGUUGUUUUCCUUCCACAGUGUGAUGUUGCGUGAGGCCGGAAGGCUGGCUGUGUGUGCCGGGUGGCAUUCUCGAGAUUAAAGAUCUGUGUGUUGGCAGAGGAAGUGGUCUCUACACCCUGCGUUCGUACCUGGUGGGGCCCAACUCUUCCAGGUGCUAGUGAGAGGAAGUAAUGACAGGAAGUUGGGUGGGCAUUCAGACAUCACAUCAGAAACCACUGCAGGUUUUCUCAGACACCUCCCCUCUACCCCCUUCCUAGGUCCUCAGGCUGCUCGGCCUGUCCGAGGGGGCACCCAGAUGAGGCCUCUGUGAACACAUCCUGUUCCCCAGCAGCCUCACUGCCAGUUUUCUUCUGCUGAGUUCCACUGUCCUGACCAGACACAUUUUAGAAAUGGAUGAAAGGAGAAAUCUCUCCAAGGGAGUGAGGCGCUUGUAGGUAUCCUGAAACACCCAGUAGCUGUCCAAAAUUACCUUAACUGCAGCUCAGGGUACACAGGGCAACUGACAUGGCGCCCCAGGGCUGCCUCUGAGGGCCUUCGUUUUACACCCUGAACACUCUGCAAGUUGGUGCAGCUGGCUUGGGGACAGGGCUCAGUUGCGUCCAGUGUGGGGAAAGACAAGAAAGUGGAAAAGCUUUGUUUCUGAGGACACAGGGGGCUUUUAUUUGGACAGAGUUCAAAUGCUUGUGUUACGGCCCAACCCCCACCCCUUUGUCCCACUGCCCCCCACUUGCUCCUUUUUUUAAAAAAAGAUUUAUUUAUUUUAGAGAGAGAACGAGAGCAUGAGUGUGGGGGAGAGGCGCAGAGGGAGAGAAUCUUCAAGCAGACCCCCCACUGAGUGUGGAGCCCACUGUGGGGCUCCAUCUCACAAACCAUGAGAACAUGACUUGCCCACUUGCUCGUUUCUUAAUAUCUUCCCAUUUUCUUUUCCUACCGCAGGCUCAUUUUUAACCUUCACCCAGACACUCUGCUUUCCUACCACUCUCUCACCUCUUCAUGUUUUCUCCCUUGGUGUUCAGCCCGGGGACACAAUGAAGGAAGGCAGAGAUCCACACAGAGCCAGAGUCCCCAGGAUCUGUGCCUUCAUGCCUUUCUUGGGGCCUUUUUGAGCUCUGAGACUUGGCUGGAGUCCUUCUGGGAGAAUGUGACUACUCUUGCCUUUUGCUCAGAGGUAGGAAAGCGGUUACCCAGAGGGCCUCAGAGUCUUGGCAGAUCUUGGUGAGGUAGCUAGGAGAAAACAAGAGGGAAGGAGGUUGGUUUCAGUUGAGGUAACCCCAAAAGCAGGGGGCUGUAGUAUGGGGACUGGCUGGAACUCAGGACACGGGCUUCAUCCCUGGUCUGGGUGGGGAGGUGGCUAGAUCUGGCUGAUUCUACAAGUAAGGAGGGGCAGGGGCAGGGCUGAGGGCAAGCAGGUGCUUACCUUGCCGUCUCUGAAACCCCAGGAACAACAGGGCAAGAAGGAAGAGGCUGCUGGCAAGAAGGACUCCAAAGGCUGUUUUCUGCUCUGUAGGUUGAGAGCAGCAUGGUCAGGAAUCAGUAGGUUGGAAUAAUUUCUAAGCCCACACCCACCCCAGCAAGAGGGAAAAAGCGGGGUGGCGGGGGGAGAGGAAGAGAGAGAGAGAGAGCGUGUGCACGAAUGCGUCCCCAUCCCUGGUUAAGGAGCGUUCUGGUUUCACCCAGGAACUGGGCACACUGUAGUAUUUGUACUUGUUGAAGGUUGUUGGCUAUCUGUGUGCUCCUCCACACGGAAUUUCCUAUCCCUUCCCACCUUGGGACAUUUAGAGAGAUUUAGGUUAGAUGAGUUGUUCACAGGUGAACUGAAAUUUUGCGACUAGCUGGGGAAUGAUGUAAGCUGAGACAAAACCCCACUUCUUUUUUUUUUUUAAAGAUUUUAAAAAUUUGAGAGAGAGAGAGCAUGAGAGGGGAGAGGGUCAGAGGGAAAAGCAGACUCCCCGCCGAGAAGGGAGCCCCAUGCAGGACUCGAUCCCGGGUCUCCAGGAUCAUGACCCGAGCCGAAGGCAGUUGCUCAACCACUGAGCCACCCAGGCGCCUCCAAAACCCCAGUUCUGGGGAAGCUUGCAGUCUGGCGAGCCACCAAAGAAUGCCCAAUGCUCCUGGACGUUUGCAUUUCUUCUUUAAAACCUUUCAAUGACACUCUGUGACUUUAGGAUGACAUUCCAGCUCGAAGGCCCAUUGUGAUCUGCCCACUAAUAGCAGUUGAGGGUUUAAGGCUGUAGGGCAGUCAGGCUGCCCAUUUUUCAUAUUUUACCAUUUACUAGGUGGGUGACCUUGGGCAAAUUACCUAACAUCCAUAUGUGCUAGUUUGCUCAUCAAUAAAAUGGGAGUCAUGAUAAUACAUGUGAUCAUACAGCUAAGUGCUUAGCAUAGUGCUUGCUUCAUGUAAAUGCUCAAUAAAUGUAAUUACUUUCAAGCUUCAGGCCACUUCUCCCUUUUUCCACACACCCCUGGCUCUAGCUGUGCAGUUCCCCAAAUUCUCCUGAGACUGUUUUAUAAUUUGGCCUUCACGUGUGCCGUUCUUUCCAUCUUGGCUGUUCCCCUCCCCCCUGAGCUAGCUCACUUGGCUGGUUUGUCUCCUGCAGGCUGUCUUCCCUGUCUAGUCCGUCCCUCCAAGCUGACUAAGCUGCUUGAGGGCAGGAACAAUUCACCCUUGAUCUCCAGCUCUCAGUAUAUAGCCUGGUGCCCUGGAACCUGGGGUAUAGCGGAAUCUUGGGAUGUGGAGGCAGCUAUGGAGGCUGCCGCCUCGGGAACCAAGAAGCGGAGGCUCAGCGAAGUGCUGUGGGAAGCAGAACAAGGCCAGAGACGAGCUGGGGGCAGGAGAGCCACGAGCCCAAGUAGGGAGGUGGGGCAAGGAGGGCACUCCUAGUACCUGGUGGGGAGACCUGGGUGCUGGCCCUGAGGGGCUGCUCUAGGGAGCUGUGGGUGACCUGGCAGGUGUAAGUGGCGCCUGCAGGGCCAGGUUCUACCGUCAGGAAGGAGGAGAUGCUGUAGGUGCCUGCUGGGCUUUGCCGGAGGCUGGAGAAGGAGGCACCAGAGACUGGGACUGGGGCUCCGCCUGGCUCCUCUCGGGUCCACGUCACAGCCAUGUCCAGAGGGUAAUAGCCAGCGAUGUUGCAGAUGAGGGUGGCUGGCGGAGUUUUGUUCUCCAAGCUCAGUUGUACUUUGGGGGAAGCUGGAAGAAAGAAUGAGGAAUAAGAUUCCAGAGGGCUCCAACCUGACAGCAGAGUUGCCCAAAGCCUUCUUUCUCUCCCUGCUGGCAGUCAGAGUAGGUUGUGGAAGCUGAAGUCAAUUAACCCCUGAGUGGAGUGCCCAAGGCGGGUGUAAGGGGUCCACCCUGGAUGCAGGCCAGAAGGGGGCACAUCUUCCACAGGUAGUUGAAAAGUGAUAGUAAAACCAAGUAAAGUUUGGCUUCUUAUCAUCAUGAUAAGCCGCUGAUUUUCAGGGACAUCAGUGAUGAAAUACUCCUGCCAGUCGGAUGGCUCCCACGGCCCCCACUUGGUUUGCUGCUGCCCCUCCUCAGGAUGUGGCCCAGAGGACUGGGCUACUUGGGAGACAGCCAGCUGGGACAGGGCAGCAGGACCCGGGGCUGGGACACCGCCUGGUGGAAUUAUCCUAGAGUCUGACAGGGGGCAGUCUGUGCCCCUAGGAUGUAGAUGGCAGUUAGUUCGUGGCAAUGCAGUCUGCCUCUCGAGAAAUUGCCCCUGUGUUGGAUUCUGUCCUGGAAAAUGCUCGCAUAGGCAUAUCCCUUCCCCUCUCCCUGGAGAACCGAGUAUGGCCUAACCUUGGACGUGGAGCUGGAUGAUUUGUUGAGCUUGGUACAGAGAGGUGGUGAUCUGGCAAAUGUAGGUCCCCUCGUCCUUCAGAGUGAGGCUAGGCAGGGUGAGGGAGGCAUCCCCGGCCACGAGUAGCUGCUCAGGCUCCAGGGUGGCGCCCUCCCGCUUGGCCUGCCGCUGCGCCCUGGUCCAGCUGUGCACCAGCUCGCCGUUGCCCUUAUGACGCAGCCGCCACUCCACACCGGUCAGCUCCAAGCCCGGUGCCAUGGAGAAGCCGCAGUGCAGGGAGGCUGACGACCCCAGCAGGAAGUUCAGGGACGGGGUCUGUGUUGUCACUUGGAGCUCCACUGUAGUGAGAAGAAGAAGGGUGAUUGUGGGCUACUUCCUCCUUGAGUCCACCUGAUCUCUAGCUAUGGGCAUGUUGUGGGCAUCCACCUGCCCCUGCCUCCUCCUCUGGACAAUGAGACCAGUUGAGCUCAUCUCCCACUAGAUGGAACCACAAAGAAAUGGUGCUCUGGAAAGGCAGCCUGGCACACAUGGUAGUCCUAACUAUUUUGGAGUCACUUACCCCUGGACAAUCUGAUAAAAGCUAUGGACUUCUCACCAGAAAAGUACAUAUGCAAAAUUAUGGGUUAAUGUUGACCUUCAGGUCAGACCACUGGAAUAGCAGAAAAAGCUUUGGAUCCCUGUUUCUUCCACUUACUAGCUCUGUGACCUUGGGCAAGUCACUAAGGGUUGCCAGGGUCAUCUGUUUAAGGAAAGGCUGCUGUGAGACUACAUAGGAGUAAGAGUUUUAAAAAGCACACAGUGGUAGUAUUUGUGCCAAACGUGCUGAACCUGAAUCUAAUGAGGAACAAUCAGACACAUCCAAAUGGUGGGAUGCUCUUCGAAACAGUGGGCCUGGACUCUCCAAAUGUCAGUGCGAGGAAAAGAAUGUUCUGGACUUAAGGAAGCUAAAAGCUUGGGGCACCUGGGUGGCUUGGUUGGUUGAGCAUCUGCCUUUGGCUCAGGUCAUGAUCCUGGGGUCCUGGGAUCAGGCUCUGUGUUGGGCUCCCUGCUGAUCAGGGAGCCUGCUUCUCCCUCUCCUGCUCCCCCUGCUUGUGCUCUCUCUCUGUCAGGUGAAUAAAUAAAAUCUUAAAAAAAAAAAAAAAAAAAAAAA